CGCCGCCCGGAACCGCCAGAGCCCCUGCCGUUGGUGCUUAGCCUCUUUUCCCCAGGGUACUGAGGGCUUGGCCUGAGGACACCCCGAAGAGGAGUGCGCUGGACCCAGCGUCCCUCAGAAUGAGUGGCCGUAUCCCCUAGGAUUCUGCCCCCAAAAUGCCUGGACCCAGAGUCCCCCAGGACAUCUGGUCCUGACUCUUAGGACCUGGUUCUGAGCGUGUGAAGACCCAGGAUUCCUCAGGACAUGUGGACCUAAUUCCUAGGACCCUGCCACAAGAGUACCAGGACCCAGGGAUUUCAGAACUCUGGACCUUACUCCUAGAACCCUGCCUUGAGAGUGCCAGGGUUCCCUAGGACGAGUGGACCUGACUCUUAGGACUUGCCCCGAAAGUGCCAGGACCCAAGGUCCACCAAGACGUGUGAACCGGACCUCUAGGACCUAACCCUGAGAAAGUGCUUGACUCAAAGACCCUCAGUUAAGAUGCCAUUCAAGAAUAGUUUGAGAAACCGUGAUUUGAAAGAACGUGUCCCACCAUGUGAAUGAUAAGGCUCAGGUGCGCUGGGAUUUGCUGCUAUGAAGGCAGUGGAGGAAUGUGUUCCAUCCGGGUCAGUGAACCCCUUUUAAAGUUCAGACCAAGAAAAGAUCUUGUAGAGACCCUCUUGCAUGAAAUGAUACAUGCCUAUUUAUUUAUCACUAAUAAUGAUAAAGAUCGAGAAGGACAUGGCCCAGAGUUUUGUAAACAUAUGCAUCGCAUCAACCGCCUGACUGGAGCCAAUAUUACGGUCUACCACACAUUUCAUGAUGAGGUGGAGGAGUAUCGCCGACACUGGUGGCGCUGCAAUGGGCCUUGUCAGUACACACAGCCAUAUUACGGCUAUGUCAAACGUGCCACCAACAGGGCACCCUCUGCACAUGACUACUGGUGGGCUGAACACCAGAAAACCUGUGGAGGCACUUAUAUAAAAAUCAAGGAACCAGAAAAUUACUCAAAAAAAGGAAAAGGAAAGGCAAAACUACAAAAGCAGCCUAUAUCAACAGUGGAGAAUAAAGAUAAGCCCAGUAGAAGUGAGGCUCAACCACUAAUCCCUUUCAGUGGAAAAGGGUAUGUUCUGGAAGAGGUGAGGAAUCCACCUUCAUCUGGGAAAUCGAUUGCCGCACGUGCUAUCAAUGAAUCCCAAGAUCUUUUUAGUCAGGACAAUUCAGCAGUUGUAAGACAUGAUUCUACCACCGAGGUGAAAUUCAAACAGAAUAGCUCAAGUAAAAAAUUUCAUAUAAUCCCUCCUGUGCACCAAAGUGUCCUAAGCACCUACUUUCCCAGAGUCUCAGUGGCCAACCAAAAGGCUUUCAGAAGUGUGACUGGAAGCCUCCUGAAAAAUGGGACCGUUGGUGACAUCACUAAACACUCAGUCUAUUCUAGUUCUCAAAGGAAGGUUCCGUCUUCUAAGACAUCCCUGAGAAAUCCCUCCAAAGUGAUGGCCUCAGCAUCUGUAACUUCAUCCCCGUAUGGACAUGGGUCCAAAGACAAGUUCCCAGGCAAACGACCCAGGCUGGAAGACAGCACCAUUUUUGACACCUUCUUUAUGAAGAAAGAACAGCUACAGAGUGAUAGCAGUGAGCCAGAAAGUAGUUCACACUUUACAGCUACAACUCAGAGUUCCAGCAGCUUAUGCAGUCAGAGCCAGCUGGUCAGCUGUCCAGUGUGUCAGACUUAUGUUGUGGAGUCACAGAUUAACGAGCACCUAGACCAGUGCCUGGAAGGUAGUGCCCUCCGUGACAGAAGCUGAAAAGUCUGAAAAACGAAUCUCACCUGCUGCCUGUAUUUUCUCACAAGUGGCCAGCCAGCACACCAGUACAAACAUUCUAUUUUAUUUAUACAUAUGGGAGAUUGUAACAGUAUUUUACAUCUCCAGCUGGGCAUGGUAGCACCUGUGUGGUCCCAGCUACUCAAGAGGCUGAGAUGGGAGUUUGAGAUCAGCCUGAGCAACAUAAGCCUCAUUUAAAAAAAAAUUUUUUUUUCUUUUUACUUGUCUGGGUGCUACCUUCACUCUUACCUUACUUGCAUUGUAGGCCAGGGUUUAUUCUGCAUGGGUAAUUUUAGGUAGUUUUAUUUUAUUUGCUCUUGAAGAUCUUUACAUCUGUUAAUCUUUUUAUUUGUAUAAUUUCUAUCAGGAGUCUUGUAGGUACCUGGUUAAGUUGAAUAUUUUAAAAAGUAAUAGUAUUAAGGCACCUACCCUGGACUGAUACUCAUCUUCACAGUGUCAAACUUAACCAACAACAAUUUGAAGUGCAAAUUGGAGUAGUUCUUUUAGAGUAUUUAAGGUUUUUGUUUUUCU